CAGAAGUGUGCGCGUUCAAAGAACGGUACCCCGCCGCGUCAAAAACGGACAUCGUGCGGCACUUUAUGGACACUGGGUAUGCCCGUUCUGACAUCUACAACAUCUUGACACUAUUGGACAACGAUCAGAGCAUCGAAAGGAAGCCCGGCUCCGGACGGCCAACGACCCCGAGCGACAAGAAGCUUCAAAGGAUGCUGAAGAGGAAAACCGAGGGAAAAGUGGCUAAAUCACUGCGUGCACUUGGCCGGGAGGUUGGUGCAUGCGCUAAAACAGUGAAAAGUAAAAGAGAACAUGGACAUACAUGUCAGGAAGCGGCAGUCCUGUCCACUGGUCUCGGAGCUGCAGGCAAUGACGCAGCGACAGCGGUUGAACAAGAUGGUCAAGUAGAUUUUCCCGGCGAAUCGCGACGUGGCAGUGGUGAUGGACGACUAGACCUAUCUCACCCUGGAUGGCAACGACUAGCAGGGCUCUUCGUAUUUUACCUCCCCCACGAAGGAAGCUGGCCGUGAACAAGGAAAUUUAUAGUACGCAGUGCCUGACAGAAGUUGCGUCGUUCAUCUAGAAAUACCAUAAGCGCGAAGACAUGGUGUUCUGGCCAGAUUUGACGCCGGCCAACUACUCGAAGCGUUCGUUGGAGGAGAUGGAGCGGCUGAAUAUCGAUUUAUAAAGUGUUUUGCACUUGACUUCGCCCUACUGGUCAAAACAUAUAGAAUAUAUAUGCAAAACACUUUAGAAUUAUUCAUCGUGCAACACCUCAUUUUCAAAAGGAAAACACUUUCAAUUCUCGUGUUAUGAAAUAUAAACAUAGUGUUUGGAUUUUGAAUCUUAAAUGAAUGUUUACCGAGCUUCAAAUGAUUUUUAUUCAAUUUUAAAAUGAAAACAGUUUCACAUGGAAAUGAUUGCAUAUAAUGUAAUGUUUGUUUUAUUUAUAAAAUUUAAAAUUAAAUUUUUACUAUAACAAUUCA